GAGGUGUGGGCGAGCUGGCCUGAAGUUCCCGCAGAAAAACCUCACAUCUCCCCAGCCCAUCAUGGCAGACGAAAUUGAUUUCACUACUGGAGAUGCAGGGGCGUCCAGCACUUACCCUAUGCAGUGCUCAGCCCUGCGCAAAAACGGCUUCGUGGUGCUCAAAGGACGACCCUGCAAAAUCGUGGAGAUGUCAACUUCCAAGACCGGGAAGCAUGGUCAUGCUAAGGUACACCUUGUUGGAAUUGAUAUUUUCACUGGCAAAAAAUAUGAAGAUAUUUGUCCUUCUACUCACAACAUGGAUGUUCCAAAUAUUAAGAGAAACGAUUAUCAACUCAUAUGCAUUCAGGAUGGUUACCUUUCCCUGCUAACAGAAACUGGUGAAGUCCGAGAGGAUCUUAAGCUACCAGAAGGUGAACUGGGCAAAGAAAUAGAAGGAAAAUACAAUGCAGGUGAAGAUGUGCAGGUGUCUGUCAUGUGUGCCAUGAGUGAAGAAUAUGCUGUAGCCAUAAAGCCCUGCAAAUAGACAGGACCAUCUGCACGAGCAGGUCCAUUAGGUCUGGAUCUAGUUGUCCCAAAGCUAUGGCCUUCAUAAGCAACCUCACGUUUUAUUUUUGUUAUGUGUCUGUUGUUUUGAAAUUGUGCUGGCUUAGUUUUGCAGGCAGUUAGCAACUUGAAAAGAAUAUAUCAAGAUAUAUAAUUUUAUAAGUAUCUUUCCUAUAACAUUCCUGCUGUUUUCAGUAUGUGACCAUAAGAAACAGAUAAAAUAGCUUCAGUAGAUGUCACUUGUCUGAGCAAAUCACUCCUGAACUUAAGUGGUUAACAAACCAGGGUUUUAAUUCAACAAUGUAGCAUCUAGUGCAAUCGAAGUUUCAUGCAUUUAAGUUGAGUUGUUCUUUGCUGAUUCCAGGCUUAAUAUCUAGAAUUCAUAGAUUAUAAGAUGGAAUUGUCAAAACUCCAGGCUCU